CAGAAGAAAUAUAUAGAAACCACAGGCCAAAAAAAGAAAACAAAAUAAAUACAUUUGAAUCUCACAGAAAUAUAACAAAGUAUUCUCAUUUUUCACAAACAUUCAGUCAGUCACUGCUUAGUCCUGCUGAGUCUCCACUUUCCGGUGCGGAUGUAGUAUAGCUUCCCGCAUUUCUUGCCCAUUUGAUAUAAAUAAAAGCAUUGCGUAGGGAAGUUUUGUUCUAUCAGAUUUUCAACAUGUCUAGGCUGGUGAUUUUGUUAGUGGUUAACAUAGUGUUAGUAUGCUGUUCGAGGACAUCGGCACAAACUGAAAACGCGUUAUACAAGGACCCAAAUCAAUCACCUGCAGCUCGAGUAAAAGACCUUUUGGGCAGAAUGACUUUGGAAGAGAAGAUUGGUCAAAUGACUCAGAUAGAUCGGACAAUGGCUACUCCUGAAGUAAUGAAGACUUACUCUAUUGGGAGUGUGUUGAGUGGUGGUGGGAGUACACCUUUGCCACAAGCUACAGCUCAAGAUUGGAUGAAUAUGGUUGAUGGAUUCCAGAAAUCCGCCUUGACCAAUCGUCUGGGAAUACCUAUGAUUUAUGGAAUUGAUGCUGUGCAUGGACACAAUAAUGUGUAUAAUGCAACAAUAUUCCCACAUAAUGUUGGUCUUGGUGCUACCAGGGAUCCUGACCUUGUUAAGAGAAUUGGUGUUGCAACAGCUCUUGAAGUUCGAGCCACUGGGAUACAGUACACUUUUGCUCCUUGUAUAGCGGUUUGUAGAGAUCCAAGAUGGGGUCGUUGCUAUGAAAGUUACAGUGAAGAUCACAAGAUUGUCCAGGAAAUGACAGAGAUCAUCUAUGGCUUACAAGGGGAACCUCCUGCAUCUCGCAAGGGCAUACCUUAUGUCGGGGGAAAGGACAAAGUUGCUGCUUGUGCAAAGCAUUUUGUUGGAGAUGGAGGGACAACUAGAGGGGUCAAUGAGAACAACACUUUGACUGACAUGCAUGGAUUGCUUAGCAUCCAUAUGCCUGCAUACUCUGACUCCAUUAUCAAAGGUGUGUCGACUGUCAUGGUUUCAUACUCCAGUUGGAAUGGAGUAAAGAUGCACGCGAACCGUGAUCUAAUCACUGGAUUUUUGAAGAACACGCUUAAAUUCAAGGGUUUUGUUAUCUCAGAUUGGCAAGGAAUUGACCGAAUUACUUCACCACCUGGUGCCAACUAUACAUUCUCAGUCCUGGAAGGAAUUCAAGCUGGCAUAGACAUGGUCAUGGUCCCAUAUAGUUUCAAAGAUUUCAUAGAUGAUCUCACCAACCUUGUCAAAAACAACUAUAUCCCAAUGGAGCGUAUUGAUGAUGCUGUAUCAAGGAUCUUGCUAGUCAAGUUCACUAUGGGUCUUUUUGAGACUCCUUUUGGUGAUCCCAGUCUAGCAAAUGAGCUUGGAAGUGAGGCUCACAGAGAUUUGGCCCGAGAAGCAGUUAGAAAAUCACUUGUUCUACUAAAAAACAGUAAACCUGGAGAGGCUCCCGUGCUUCCCCUCCAAAAAAAGGUACAAAAGAUACUAGUUGCUGGUGACUAUGCUGAUAAUUUGGGUUAUCAAUGUGGAGGAUGGACAAUCAAUUGGCAGGGAUUCACUGACAACAAAUCCACAAGAGGCACAACCAUCCUUAAUGCCAUAAAGUCUGCAGUUGAUCCAAGCACCGAAGUGGUAUUCCAGGGAAAUCCUCCUGCAGACUUUGUCAAGUCCAAUAAUUUUGAUUAUGCCAUUGUUGUUGUUGGAGAGCCCCCUUAUGCAGAAACUGCUGGAGACAGCGAGACUCUCACGUUGGCGGAUCCCGGUCCAACUGUCAUCAACAAUGUCUGUGGGGCUGUGCAGUGUGUUGUUAUUAUCAUAUCUGGACGCCCCCUUGUUAUUGAGCCGUACAUGAACACAAUUCAUGCCCUAGUUGCAGCAUGGUUGCCCGGGACAGAAGGUCAAGGAGUGGCUGAUGUUUUGUUUGGCGACCAUGAAUUCACUGGAAAGUUAGCUAGAACUUGGUUUAAGACUGUAGAUCAGCUUCCUUUAAACAGUGAAGAUUCACAUUAUGACCCUCUCUUCCCUUUGGGCUUUGGACUCAAAACGGUGUCACUUGUCACUAGAUCUGUAUCGGUUGCUGCUGAUAGGGGACCAUGCAUUCUUAUGAUCAUAUUUUCUUUAUUUAUUAGUUUAUAUCUUAAAGUUGCAAUGUAAGCAUAAGCUUCUAGGAAGGAUUUGUUUGAUUUAAAUGAUUAAUUGAAUAUUUUUAGGAUAUUUAUCCUACUUUGUCUUGUUUAUUCUCAAUAUGAUUUUGCUUACAUUCUA